AUGGGCUUCUUUAGCUUCUUGACGCGCAAGACUUCCUCCGACAAGAAUCAGAACCAGAUCAAGGGCCAAUCCUACAAAUCGACAGUCGCAUCAGUACCUCCCAUCCAAGGAACUUAUCCGGUCGCUGGAAAUGGACCCAACGUGCUGGACCAGCUGCAGCAGGCGGCAAGGAAGCGCAGCCAGGCUCAACUCUCUGUAAUCGAUCACGAUAUCGACCUUGAUCCUGCCGCGCCUCCCCCAAUGGUCCCGCGCUUCCGCAGCUUCUCCCCAGGACGUCCAACAACAGCCCCAAACCAAGCUCACGCCAACAGCCUAUCCUCGCGUCCGAGGUCCGUCGCCCGCAGCAUCCGUAGCACAAACUCAGCCUGGAGCGUCCCCGAAAAGACACGCGCCGCCGUGCGCACAGUAGAGAGGCCGCCUCCUGUCCCUUCAAUCCCCUCUCACCACCGCCGCGAGAGCUCCGUCGACUCGUUCCAGGACGGCAGCCGGUUCGUCGACGUUCUAGACGCCCAGGGCGAGAUCAGGCCGUCAAACUUUCGCUCGCGCGUCGCAGCCACCGGCGCCCGCGAGUACGGGGAAGACGUUGCCGAGCGCAACAUUGGCGAGAACGGUCUGAACCUUAACAGCCCUGCCGUCAAGGCCUUUUACCGUCUCUCCGGUAGCGGGAGGUUGACGCUGCAGACCUCGGACAGUGGUGGACUGUCUGUUCACGAUUAUGAUGGCUUUGACGACGAUGACGACGAUUGCGCUCCGCCGCCUGGCAUUCCUCAUCUUGAUCUAGGGACGAUUCGAGAAUCUUCAAGGCCGACGAGUUCAUCAACAGCAUGGAGGUCAUUUUCAGGCUCAAUUGGCGGAGAGAUGCUAAGAUCCAGCAAAUCGCAACGACGCCUAGACAAGCGCCCCGAGACAUCGUCCCAAACAGCAGCGUCUUUAAAGAACCGGAGGAGAUCAUUCAACGCAUUCGCCUCUGCACCUGAACCGCAAAGGUCUAAACCGCGACCUCUCAGCUUGCAUCCUUCACUAUCAAAUUUUAAUUAUUCGGCGCCUCUGUCACCGCCGCCGACGAUGCCCAAGUCUCGUCCAAAGACGAGUGAAGGCCGGAGUCGACAGCGAAGUAUUGGGAUGGUCGAGAUUGAGAGUCUGGUUGAUGAAGCUUUUGAUGCACCAGCACCGUGUCCGACCAUCCCUGUGCGAUUCAAACAGGCAGAGCAUCCUUCAUAUUCCCGCCCCGAUUCACAUCUUUCACGCCAAGAUCUCAUUCCCCCUCGUCAUGAUCCACCAAUUCCUCGCCAUGAUCCUCUUGUUCCUCGUCAUGAUUCUUCUCACAUCCGCCCCGACACGUAUCACGGCUCAUCAACUCUUUCUCUCUACCCCCGCAGCGACAUUUCUCAACCCUCACGACCUUCCAGCUCUUCGUCCAUGGAUAAACCACCCCGCAAUCGCUCCAUUGGCGGCGCCUCACUUCUCCGACACCAACGCCUCGACAACAUCACCGAACACAUUCCUGUUCGGACGUCAUCUCUAACCCUCCAGUCCCAGCCAUGCAUCACACCGACCACCAUGUCGUCCGGUUACUCCAGCAAUCCUUUCCCGAGGUCUAUGGGCCAGCACACACCAAGCACUUCCAUCGACGCAUCUGUUCCUCCGUCAAUCAAGAUUAACCACGAGCGCGAACAAAGCGGCGGAAUGACUAGCCUUGGAAACCAGAACAGCUACUACAACGCCGCCGAGGACGACUUUUCCGCCGAUACUCUUGUACCCUCACGUCGGGAACUGGAGCAGGAUCUAAGCCAUCCCAUCAACGCAGGCGUAGAAGCUGAGUACUACAUCUCGGAUGCCAGCGAGGACUCUGUCGACUCUUUCGUCGCCUGGAAAGAGAAGCGACGCGGAGAGGAAGGUCUAUUGUACAAGGAAGACUACGGCAUCGCAGGAGGUGGUCUCCCCGGCUUAUUCGAACCUCUUCCGAUCCCCAAGGCCCCAGCAGAGCCACCAGCGCCCAUCAAGCCACCAAAGACGCCAAAGAGCCCAAAACGCCCAACAACAAGAGGCACCACAAAGAGCAACAAGUCGACGCCGCGAAAGACACGACACCAACAACAUCUCCGCCGCAGCCGCACAAGCACAUUCUCCCCACCGCGCCGCGAGCCCCGCAACGGCUCAUCCUCAGACGACGAAGGCUCCGACUCGUUCUGGGAGCGCGCGCGCGACAUGCCCCACGGGCCGAGCUUUGUCUCUCUAGCCGACCUCGGCAUCGACCUGCGGCACCUGGGUCUCGACCAAUACGGUCUCACCGAGGAGGACGACGCCAAGGUUGACAUUCACACGGCAGUCAAGCUACGAAAGGAGAUGCGCCGACGCAAGAUGGAGACUCAGAGUCGACGACAUACAAGGAGUUAUGCUGACGAGGCGGAUGUAGAGGAUUAA